UCGAUAUGUUAAUGUAUGUGAAAAUUUAAUGUUAUCGCAAACCUGUGUAAGGAUUGGCACGGCACUAUGACGUUCAGCGAUUGAUGCCUUCACCUUGCGCACGACACUUCCUCACAAGUUUCGUUAGCUUUGCACUCGCCACUAGUGCCGGAUCGACAAAGCGGGGCAUUUAAAUAGCCAACUCUGGUACGCAUUCAACAGUUCUUCUAAAGUUCUACAUAUACUGACUCAGUCAUUUCUGUAAGAAAGUAAAAAUUCACGAUGGCACCUGCUCCCCGUGUUGAAACUAAUGAAAUUAAAUCGUCAGCUUUGGAGCUAAUAGGUAAUACUCCGCUCGUUGCUCUUGAUCGAUUGCACCCUGGACCUGGACGAAUUCUAGCAAAAUGUGAAUUUAUGAACCCGGGAGGGUCUAUCAAGGACCGAUCUUCUUUGUACAUGAUAAAUGCGGCUCUGAGGAACGGGGAGCUGAAACCUGGUAAUCCGAUUUUAGAGGUGACAUCUGGCAACCAAGGCUGUGGUCUCGCCGUAGUCGCCGCUGUAAAAGAUCAUCCUUUGACAAUAUAUAUGUCUGCGGGCAACAGCGAACAGAGAGCGAUACAAAUGGAAGCGUGCGGUGCGAAGUGUAUCCGAGUACCACAAGUUGAGGGUGUUUACGGCAAAGUCACUUACGCUGAUGUUCAAGCGGCGGAAGAAGAAUGUUUAAAAACCGUUGAAAAGACCGGCCACUUUCUUGUAAAUCAGUUUUAUAAUGAAGCGAACGUACAAGCUCACUACGAAAUGACAGGACCCGAAAUCUGGAGACAAACCGGUGGUCACGUGGAUGCAUUUGUAGCCACGGCCGGAACGAGCGGUACUUUCUCGGGAACAUCCAAAUAUUUAAAAGAGAAGAAUCCUGCAUUGAAAGCGUAUAUAGUUGAGCCGGAAGGAGCGGAGGUAAUAGCCGGCAAGCCCGUUUGGAAGGCGUGCCACAAGCUGCAGGGUUCCGGCUACGGCGUGGUGCCGGCGCUGUUCAAGUACGAUGUGAUGGAUGGAACGCUUAGCGUAUCUGACGAAGAGGCCGUGCAGUACAAGCGGCUGUUGGGCGUGAAGGAGGGGCUGUACGUGGGCUACACUAGUGGCGCCAACGUGGCCGCCGCGGUGAAGCUGCUGCAGGCCGGCUGCCUGCCCGAGCACGCCUGGGUGGUUACCAUGCUCAACGACACAGGGUUGAAGUACUCGCCCACACCUGACGAAGUUAAAAGUGAUGAUAGUUAAGUACCCACCAGUUGUUAAACAUGUCAA